CGCGCGCGAGUUGUUAUUAUUGUGCCGAAUUAUUACUUCUGAUUUAUUUAAUUGCUUGUGGGUGAAUUAGUGGUGACUAUUCAAGGAUUUUAAGUACUUAUUAAGUACUAAGCAAUGGAUGGCGAAGAUCAGGAUGUUAUGUUCACCCAAUUACUCAAUAAACGACGCAAACUAGUCAAUCUUCGAAAUUUGAUUAAUUCCCGUAGUAAAGAAGCUAAAGCUAGCGAUACAGGUGCUUCAGUGCCCGAGGACGACAUACGAAAUAUAUACGAGAAUCCAAUUGCAGGGCCAAGUUAUUGUCAUGAGAAGACAAAACAUGAAGUCAAUGCGCAUAUAUUUGAAAGUGAUUGUUUAGAUCCUGGCCAAGAAUUUUCCGAUUAUGAUAGUGAUGAUAGCGUUAAAGACAAGACUUACGAACCACAUGAAGAUCUUUCGGAUGGCAGCUACGUCAGUGGUUCGCCAGAAAAAGUCUUAGCUCUAUCGAGGUGUUUGAAGGUGAAAAGAAAGCUUUCUUUUUCGGAAAAAUCGCCUGAAAGGCAAGCUAAAGUGAGAAAUAAUGAAGAUAUUAAUUUAAUUACUUUAGACGAUCUUCUAAGUCCACGAAAAAAUAUUAUAUCUGCAACUUCAGUUUUCAAUGAAAGUCCUAAAGAAAACGAUCGCAAUCGCAAAGGAACUAUUCGUCUCGAGUCAAAAUAA